AUGGACUCGAGCAAUGGCCUGAUGCAGCCUGAUCACUUCGAGGCGACAGAUGCAACCUCGAACAGCACCACGGCCCAGAAAGCUCCCGCCAGCACUUGUCCUCCGCUCUCUUCGAUCAACACCGGUCUCCCCUCGCCGACCCUUCACUCUUCGCGCGAGAGCUUCAUGCACAAACGCAAGCGAGCACAACCACCGCCGAGCGACGACGAUCGCUGCCAUCCCAACCACACGCGCUCUCGCAAGAAGAUCCGACAGCACAACGACGACGCCAUCACCAUGUCCAAACGGAAGAAGAGCAAGGCGACCACGCCUGUCGACGCACCAGCAUCCUCCUCAUCCUCCAUGCCCGUCGAAGACCUCACCACCAAACCCUCCAAGCGUCUAAAGACGAAACUCACCAUAGCCAACAAUGCUGCAUCCAUGCCUUCGUCCAGCACCUGGCCCAACGGCUCCGAGAGUAUCUUGACAGGCAAGACGAGCAAGCCCACCGAACAGCAAGACGCAUCGCCAGGGCCGUCAUCCAGCACCACCUACACCCGCUCACCUACACCAUCGACUGGUCUGAACGCUCCUGAUCCACCGUUCUCCAACCACGCACAAGAUGAGGACUUAGAGCAAGACAUCACAUUCUGUAUUGCACCGCCAAGUCUAGAGGAGGAGCUGAUUGAUGCAAAUACGAAGAUCGACAAUCUGGCCGACGACGUCGAUCAUUUGAACAGAUCGCUGCGUGCCGCCUGCGAUAUGCUGUCCGUAACCAAGGAGCGACUACGGCAGGCACAGAACGAGAAAGCUGCCAUGGAAGGCAACGUCCAACAGAUUAGAGCAUCGCGAGCUAAGAUUGGUAUGGACGCGAUGCUGGAGAGGGUUGCUACGAAAGAGGCCUGCAGAAAAGAAGUGGAAGCUGAGCGAACCCGGCGCAUGAAGGCCAACGCCACCCACAAAUCUCAAACCGACGCACUCACGGAAACGCACAAUCGCGAUAUGGACGGUCUCAAGGCCAAACACAAGGUGGAGCUGUUCGAAGCCCACGCCGCCGCAGCUGCAGCCAAAGCACAUGCACACAUGCUCCAGCACAAGCUCAACAAUUCCGUAAUGACUGUGAGUGGUCUAGAGGCAGAAGUCAACAAUGGUCGUUAUCUCCUCAAUGCCGCCGAGGAGGAUCUCCAGGAAAUGGCAGCUGUUAAGAUGAAAGAGAUGACCGCCGAGGAAGUCCGAGGCCUCCCGCCAGCGUACGGCAAUCUUGAUGAUACCGACACUCUCCCACCGUGGGCCCGCCACCAAGACGAGGGACCGUUGCAGGUUGCCUUGGUCAAGCACGCAGCCCGGGAGUCAUUCAAAGACAUGGUACAGAAGAUCAUGUAUGAAGUGAACGCAAUGAACCAAAGCGGCAACGACGUGUUGAAGAAUGCGGCCGGCUUUGAGCUCCUCAAGCUGCUUUCAACAGCAUUGGCAGCGGUCUGCAACCAGAUGAAGCCCGUUUUCACCUGCCCAGAAGGUGAUUCCAAGACAGACCGCGCCUUCUACGCCGACCGGGUGGUCAAGCUUAUCAUGGAGUUCUGCUGGCAAGUCGUCGCCGCGUUCGAGAUCCGCCCCAUCUCCGUCACCAUCAAUAACCAGGAGAUUCGCACGCGCAUCGACAUCUCCUGGCGCGAUGUCGACAACACCCUCACCGAGGCCAUUGAGCUAGCCUUCCGAGACAACUACCCGCGCACCGGCGCCCGUGAGGGUGGGUCGCCUCGCUGCCCGCAGUGCGAGAACGCUGCGUGUGGCGGCUUCUGCGUGCGGCUCAACGAGCUGCAGACGCUCCUCGAGCAGCUCAAGGCGCUGCGAUCCCGGCUGGAGCGCCUCUGCUCCCGCUUCAAGUUCUUGUCGCGCGCUUGUGUGUGGGUGGGUGCCGCCCUGGAGACGGACCUGGUGUUUGCGGCGAGCACCGACCGCGCUCGCCCCCUUUCUCCGGUGGAGGAGGGCCUGUUCAUGGGAUCGAUUUAG